UCUUAAAUUAAUUCAUGGGACGCAUGUAAGCUAAGGGAAAGGGAAAGGGUAUUUCUGGUUCAGCCCUCCCAUAUAAGAGAAAAGCACCAAAAUGGUUGACAUUAUCCUCAAAAUCCAUCCUUGAUCAAAUUGUUAAUUUAGCAAAGAAAGGUCUUAAUGCUUCAUAAAUUGGUGUUUAUUUAAGAGAUCAAUAAGGCAUUCCUUAAACCAGAUUUUUAACCGGCCAAAAGAUUUUGAGAAUCCUCAAAAAAAGAGGAUGUGCUCCUAAAAUUCCUGAGGACUUAUAUGCCUUGAUUAAGAAAGCUGUUUAAAUCAGAAAGCAUUUAGAAAAAAACAGAGGUGAUGUGACUAGCAAAUUCAGAUUAAUUUUGGUUGAGAGCAGAAUUCAUAGACUUAGUAGAUAUUACAGAAGAACCUAAAAAUUACCAUCCAACUGGAAAUAUGUCUCAAAGACUGCAUCUGCCUUAAUUGGUUAAUGAGUUAAAUAUCAAUACAUUAAUGCAUUAUCUUAAUAUAUAAAUAACAAUAUUUUAAAUCAUCUUUUA